GUUAACACAAACCUAAAUUUAAAAAAAUCAGUAUCAUUUAAGUAGCUUAGCCUCGGAAUGUGGUAAGCAUUCCAUGAAAAUGAAAUUAUAAAAAUGCCCAUCAGAUUAAGCAAAGGCAAAGUACUUGAUGGACACCUUGCAGUUAUGGUUGCCAAAUCAAAUAUUUAUAAAAGAUGUGCCCAAUCCAAACCUGGAGAGUUUUUCGACAUAGGGACUGUUAAAUUUGCUUAUUGAAAACGCGAGAUUUGAAGCUUUUUUUCAUCAAAUUUGAUGCAUAUUCGAGGGUAUUAUAAGCCAGGCUUCUGAAGGCAUGUUUUCGUGAAGAAUUUGGCGAUCCAGAGCGGCCAUAGUAUGCAGGUCGGUGGGCUCUUUGAGCUUUAUUCCGUUCGCGCUUUAUUGGCAUUUUUGUGGGGUUGACUUUGGACUUUUAAAAUCAAACCCCAGCCAGGCAAUUUGGUUGGAAGAAGGAGACCAGCCAGGACGUUUCUCCUUAAUUACUACUCUUUAUUUCCUAGAACAUCAUGAACAGAGGGAGGUCAAAUCGAAAGCGGAAUCAGGAUUUGGAACUGAGGCUAGGCCACUCUAAUUCAGACAAGGGAAGAGCAUUGACCACCAUGCAAAACAUUGCGUUAAGCAAUGUUAUAGUUGUUGAAGAUGAUGACGAUGUCAUUCAUAUGUCAUCCUCAAUGGUUUCCAUUCAUCAUGAAGUUCAGGCAUCAUCAAUGGUCUUACAAGUUAGAAAUUCAGCUCCUCGGCGUUCUCUUCGAGUGCAACCAGCUUUGAGUGACGAGGAUUUAGAGCUUCGACUUGCAGUUGGAGAUUGUGCCUUUUCUGAUGCUUGCCCAGGAACUUCAUCUCAAGUUGAUGUAACAAGGAUUUCAUCUGACCGAAAUGUUUGUCGCGAACGUAAUCCAGCACCAAGUUGUACAAUUAAUAUUGUUGAUGAUGGUGAUGAUGAUUUAACUCCUUAUAAGAGGAGGAGGCAAGGGCUUGCGUCAAGCAGCAAUAAUCCACCUGUUCAAGUAAAUGAAUUGAAUCUAAAUUGCCCCAUAUGUAUGGAUUCAAUGAAGGAGGAGACUUCUACUGUCUGUGGACAUAUUUUCUGUAAUAGUUGCAUUUUAAGUGCAAUCCAAUUUCAGAAGAAAUGUCCAACUUGUCGCAGAAAACUGACAGACAAAAAUAUACACAGAAUCUACCUUGAUAGCCACACUACAUAAUUUAUUUGUAGAGGCGCUCACAUUUUGGAAUUUGGUUGAUGAACGCUACCUUACCAUAAGUCUCUCUAUAUGGCCGAGGGUAAUAUAUAAAGGGAUAAUGGCUAACAAGUGUCUUCUGAUGUGUUCACCUAAGAAGCCAAAGUUGAUAAAUGGUGCAAAUGUUUUUAUUCAUUUUCUACAGACAAAAUUGCAAUUACAGCAAGGGCUUCCAUCUUUUAUGUACUGUUAAAAAAUUAGUUCUCAGGUUUUCCAUGAUUUUCUGAAGACUUGGGACUGUUGUCCAUGUUUUCUAUGGUUGUCCAUGUUGAUGAAUGUUACCUUUACACAUAGGUCACAGCUGGGCUGAGGGUAAUAUGUAAAGGAAUAGCUAACAAGUGUCUUCUGAUGUGGUCAUCCGAGGAGGACCAAAGAUGAUAAGUGGUGCAAAUGGUUUUAUUCAUUUUCUAGAGAUGAAAUUGCAAUUAUGGCUCAGGGCUUUCAUGCUUU